AUGAGCUCUCAGGCCCAUACAAGGGCCCUUCGACCAGAAGAUGCCAUUUCUGGGACAUUUUCUGCUCUUCACUUUCUACGGAAUUAUAGUCUUCUCGCACCACCCACGGAAUUAUGUAGAUAUGACCCAUACCAUCCAAUCGAUUAUGGCAUCAGAGAAACGGAAGUGUUGCAAAAUAGCAUAACCAGAGAAGGAGAUCCUUCGCCUUUGCCGCCGACUUCAAUAUCGGCAGCUUUUUCACUUCCGACGAGUCUUUUACAACCUCCUCUUCUUGCAUCGAUGCCACCUUUAAUACAACCAGUUAUACCGCAAACAUUUUCAAAUUCCAGUAGUGCAGGUGCGUUGAUGAGUCGGCAUUUGAUUAGCUCGGGGAUAACAAAUCUUCAUCAAAGAAGGCCCAGAAGUGAGAAGAAACCUAUUCCUGAUGAACAAAAAGAUGAUAAAUAUUUUGAGAGGCGAAAACGCAACAAUCAAGCAGCCAAAAAGUCGCGGGAUGCUCGAAAAAUUCGUGAAGAUCACAUUGCUUUAAGAGCGACAAUGCUUGAACACGAGAACGCAAUUCUUCGAGCACAAAUUGUAAAUUUAAGAGACGAAGCACAAUCUCUUCGGCAUAUGUUAAUUAAGCAGCAAACUUCUGGAUUACAAUCUAUCGACCGCAUUAGACCAAUUCCAGAAAUAACACCUAUAACAAUUUCUCCUUCUCGACUUAGCAAUGGGCGAAUUGAGGAUUAA